UCACGUGGAAGUUGCGCCCAGGAUGCUGCGCCGCGAAGCCCGCCUUCGCCGCGAGUACCUGUAUCGCAAGGCCUGUGAGGAGGCUCGGCGAACGGCCCAGGAGAGGAAGGACAAGGUUCGGCGUGCGCUCGAGGAGAACCGCCUGAUUCCCACCGAGUUACGCAGGGAGGCUCUGGCCUUACAGUGUUCCCUGGAGUUUGACGAUGCCGGCGGUGAAGGUGUGACCAGCCACAUGGAUGAUGAGUAUCGAUGGGCAGGGGUUGAGGAUCCCAAGGUCAUGAUCACUACUUCCCGAGAUCCCAGUUCCCGCCUCAAGAUGUUUGCAAAGGAGCUAAAGUUGGUGUUCCCAGGCGCCCAGCGCAUGAACCGUGGCCGGCAUGAGGUUGGGGCGCUUGUGCGAGCCUGCAAAGCCAACGGGGUCACUGACCUGCUGGUUGUCCACGAGCAUCGAGGCACACCUGUGGGGCUCAUUGUCAGCCACCUGCCCUUUGGCCCAACCGCGUACUUCACACUGUGCAACGUGGUCAUGCGGCAUGACAUCCCCAACCUGGGCACCGCGUCGGAGGCCAAGCCUCACCUGAUCAUGCAUGGCUUCUCCUCCCGCCUGGGUAAGCGGGUCUCUGACAUACUCCGCUACCUGUUCCCUGUGCCCAAAGAUGAUAGCCGCCGGGUCAUCACCUUCGCCAACCAGGACGACUACAUCUCCUUCCGGCACCAUGUGUACAAGAAGACCGACCACCGCAAUGUGGAGCUGACUGAGGUUGGGCCUCGCUUUGAGCUGAAGUUGUACAUGAUCCGUCUGGGCACGCUGGAGCAGGAGGCCACAGCAGACGUGGAGUGGCGCUGGCACCCCUACACCAACACCGCGCACAAGAGGGUCUUCCUGAGUGCUGAGUGAGCCCACUCACCAGUCAGGAUGUGGACCUGGACC